AUGCCGCCAAAACACCAGCGGAGAAGCCAUACGAAGAGCAAGAGUGGCUGUUCUCAAUGCAAACAGAGGCGUAUCAAGUGUAAUGAGGUGCAUCCCGUCUGCUAUAACUGCGAGCGAAGACAGAUAACAUGCGACUUCUCUUUGACACCGCCAGAAACAAGCACAUCGCCACAGUGGACCAACAGUACUGAUGGAAAGGCGACUAACGGCGAUGCGUCGCAGCAGCUAACUCUCCGAUCACCAGGUGCUCUGGCCACGCCGCAACAGCUGCCACUCAACCCUUUUGAUGCACCGGACCUGAUCAGCUCGAGACCGACAACAGAUCUUGACGUGGUGGACCUAAGACUUCUUCACCAUUUCACCACGGUCGUUGCGGUGGAGUUGGCAUCUCCGGUAGAGAAACAUCCGGAUACGCUGCUGUUAUGGCAGGAGCAUCUCGUUAAGCUUGGUUUCAAGCACGAGUUUCUUCUCCGCGGCAUCCUCGCGGUGGCUGCGUACCACAUCGCCUAUGCCUCCCCCGAACGAAGCGAGGAGUACGGCUUGAUAGCUUCGAGGCAUCAAAGCUUGGCUUUGAAUCAAUUCCAAGAAGUGCUCGCUCGGGUUGACGACUCUAAUUGCCACGCACUCUUCGGAUUCUCGUGCCUGAUCAUCAUUCUAACCUUCGCCAGCAGCCCCAAGAGCCAACCGGCGGACUUCAAUGCAGAUGUGCUGCAGUGGUUCCACAUGCUAAGAGGUGGCAAGAUCGUCCUUGACAUGUUCCCAGAAGCCAUCAAGUGCAGCUUUUUGAAGCCACUCCUGGAUGAGAUGGCAUAUACGGAGAACACAGCGACCUACAGCAUUCCAGGCGCAGACCGGAUCACUGAUCUAUUUCGCAUCUGCAAUAUCUCAAGCCAUGAGCGCGAAACGUCGCAAGCAUAUACGAUGGCGAUUCAUACGCUGCUCAGUGUAUUCACCCAGACGAGCAUCUGCCGGACUCGAGGUCACGACGGACUGCUUGCAUCUCUGGUUUGGCCCGUUCACCUCCCGCCCAAAUUCGUUGACCUCCUGAGUGAGAAGCAACCAGAAGCACUGGUCAUCCUGGCUCACUACUGCGUGCUGAUCUCAUGGGGUGAGACGAAAGACAACUGGUUCAUCAGUGGGUGGGGUCGGUAUAUGAUGGAGACUAUCAAGGAGAGCGUCCCUGACACCUGGCACGAGCAUUUGAAGUGGCCCGAGGAAAUGCUUUCGACAUAA